AUGGCCCAUCACGAUCGUAAAGGAAAAAAGCGUGCGACUCCACCUUCAACGUCUGACGCGGACCCAAUCUCCUCGGAUGACGACUUCCAACCACUCCCGAUUCCAACUUUGAGAGUCAAGGGCAAGUCAAAAUUGACUCAUCAAAAUAAGAAACCCAAGAAAAACGAUAACGAUGCUGAAAGUACGCCUGUGUCCUUCGUUGCAGGUCCCUCAUCGUCAUCCUCUGUAAAGCCUACAAAGAACGAGCUCAAAUUUGCACAUGCAAAAGCGAAAAGGGCUGCAAAGCAGGAAUCUCAGCGAUCUGCAAAGGAGCAAGCUAAAAGCGAAGCAUCUGAAGCGAAAAACCCCAUCUGUUCAACGUGCGGACAACCGGGACAUAGUCGGUCUUCGAACAAGCUAUGUCCUGAAUAUAAACCGAGAAGAAUUGCAACAACGGAGUUAAAGCGAACGAGUAUCAUCAAGACAUCUUUGAUAAACACAUGCAAGAACGACGUUUUCAUCGACAAUUUGCAGAAUGUGGUUGGGCACAUUCGUGAUAUCACAUAUUUCGGCGCCCUCUUUGCUAAUUACCAUCUUCUACGAUGCCUUCAUCUUGAUCGAACCAUUCCAUCGUUCUGCCAACAAAUAUUUUACGACAUGUUCUCCAUGAUUAUGGGAAAUGGUAACAAGGCUUCCGCAGACAUCAAAGCGUCAUUCAACCAGUUCCGGCAAGAUAUUCCAAUGUUCGAUCCCGCCAACUUCAAAUCCCAAGGGUACUCGACGUUGGUGAGUGGCGCGGCCAAGCAAUAUGACACCAAUAUGCGCAACCAUCUGGUUGCUAAUUUUGAGAGCAAAACCAAGCAAUAUCUGCUUAUCAGACUUUCGGAUGCCGGGGACCCGUUCCAUCUGCCGGACCUAACGGUACAGCAACGAAAGUCGAUUGCUGCGUAUAUCUAUCAAGAAGCAGCCGGCGAUAAGAAAGGAACAUGGCCUGCUGCAAUUGAGCGAACUGAAGCCUUGGAAGCAAAACUCUCGGAUUUCAUCCAAGACCUUUCUCUCGGACCGAAGCCUAUAAACGAUAUCACGCUCAAUGCAAAUCCCCAUUUGUACUUACGCUGGAUGCUCCGGGUUCUCGAGCGUGUGGAACGUAAUGUUUUCGUGCAAGAGCAAUGUCCACCGAAGUACGUAUCAUCGGCAUACGUCAAGCGGAACGUUGAUGAAAUAAUGAAAGGAAAACAUCUGUCGAAAAAGGCCAGUUCAAGUCUCAAUGUAGCCGUACGAACUGCCAUACGCCAGCGAUCUACCUUGCAAUUACCUCGUAAGGUUAAACUUUCCGAUAACGAUCAAUGCUAUCGAGAUUUGGAUCAGUUCAUUCGUCAAACGGUCACCGAGAUUGAGCACAAUGACUUCCGACCAUUGAAGUAUACAGACCCCAAAGGAUCUCGGCGUUUCACCUUGGCUCCCCUAAUGUCAUUCCAAAAACGGCAUAUCACACUUGACGUCCAGGCGUUCUCUAGGUUAUUAUGUUCCAGCGGCAUCAAAGAGAAGACCUUCCAAAUGAAAGAAGAGGCACGAGAAGAAUACUUCCGGCUUUUUGACAUGAGCAAGAUUGGCUUCCCCACCUGGGAAAGUCUGGAGACCGAGCGUUCCGUUUUUUGGUAA